AUGGUGGCAGUAUGCCCCACCAGUGGACUGCUGCUCAUACUGGAAAAAGAUAUGCAAGAUGAGAGAAAUUUAUGGUCCAGGAUUUGUGCAGAAUGGGUGUUUGAAAGCUCUAGGGAAAUACACUAUAGGAAGUGGGUACAAAUGGUGAAUGGGAGAGAGGGAAACAUGGCAAUGGGGCAGCUUGGCAUUAGCCCGGAUGAUAAAUGUGCUAUGUGUGGAGACCAUGAGGAGACCGUCCAACACAUAUUUUUUGAGUGCAACUUCUCCAAGAAAUGUCUUAAAGCAACUCUUGAGUGGAUAGGUACAGGGGUGCAACAUAUAGAUAUACAAGGGAUAUGGAAAAGGGUGGCACGAAGCAUACAAGGAAGAAGGUGUAGGGGGAUAGCUACAGCCACACUAGCAACACUGGUAUAUUGGAUAUGGAAAGCACAAAACAAAGCAGUCUGGGACCUGAAAGUGCCAACAAUUGAAGGAUGGAUGCGACAACUCAAACAAGAAUGCAAAAUGAGGAAAAGCUGGCUGAUGGGAAAAAAGAUGAGUCAAAAAGAGAGGAGUUGGAUAGAUAGACUACUUACCUAA